GUGAGAACAGCAGGCUGUUGAACUGGUGUGUGUUGGUGUGUGCUGGUUGGUCCUUAGUGGGGACAAGGUACUUUGUUACAGUCAGACAGCAGCUGAUAAUAUAAAAAGGGGGGAGGAGGGAAGCAAUCAUUCACUAAUGAGUGGAAGUUAUGAUUAUUCUCUAGUGUCCACCAUGGAUAUGGAUGAGAUGUAUGCCGACCACAACAAACAUAUGCCCAUGCCUUGGGAAGACAAUAUGGGUAUGACUGUUACCUCGGGUCAUGUGGUCUUGAAGAAGGAUGCUCAGAAUUUGAUAGGAAUCAGCAUAGGUGGCGGUGCCCCACUUUGUCCGUGCCUAUAUGUGGUCCAGGUUUUUGACAACACUCCAGCUGCUAAAGAGGGCUCCUUGGCUGCAGGGGAUGAGAUCGUGGGUGUCAAUGGCCAGUCUGUGAAAGGUCGGACUAAGGUGGAGGUGGCACGUAUGAUUCAAUCUAUAAAGGCAGAAGUGACAAUCAAUUACAAUAAGCUUCAUGCUGAUCCAAAACAAGGCAAAAGUUUAGAUAUAGUUCUGAAGAAAGUCAAGCACAGGGUGGUAGAAAAUAUGAACACUAAUACUGCUGAUGCUCUAGGCUUAAGUCGAGCUAUUUUAUGUAAUGAUGGACUGUUGAAGAAGCUGGAAGAGAUGGAGAGAACAGCAACCAUGUACAGCGGGCUUAUUAUACAGACUCGUAGAUUACUGAAGGCAAUUUUUGAUCUGUCACAGUCACACAAAGCAUUUGGUGAAGUAUUUUGUGACAUUGGAGUCAGGGAACCACAGCCUGCGGCCAGCGAGGCUUUCUCCCAGUUUGGGGAGGCUCAUCGUAACAUGGAGAAGUUUGCCAUCAAAAUGUUGAAGACUGUCAAGCCUAUGAUAAGUGACCUAAACACAUUUCUCCAUAAAGCUGUUCCAGACACCAGACUGACUGUCAGGAAAUAUCUAGAUGCUAAAUUUGAAUAUCUGUCAUACUGUUUGAAAGUGAAGGAGAUGGAUGAUGAGGAGUACAGUUAUGCUGCUUUGCAGGAACCUCUCUACAGGGUAGAGACUGGAAACUAUGAGUACAGGCUGAUCCUCCGAUGUAGACAAGAGGCCAGGUCAAGAUUUGCCAAGAUGAGAUCUGAUGUCCUUGUGAAAAUGGAAUUGCUUGAUCAAAAACAUGUCCAGGACAUUGUCUUCCAGCUUCAAAAGUUUGUCACUGCCAUGGCCAAAUAUCACACAGACUGCCAUGACGUCAUGAAGGGUGCUGUUGUGUUCCCCAUCGAGGUGGAUCUGUCACGAGGGACAUUCACCUACGAGAGUGCAAACAACUUUAAUGAUGGCGGAGAUGAUGAGGAGGAGGAGGACGAUGAUGAGGAGAUGAUUGGGCAGCACCAUCCAGGUGCCCAGGGUGGAGUACUGACUGGAGACCUCUUGGGAGAUUGAGUCUUCUUAAAACAUUUCUAACUAUGUUAGUGUUACAUUUUUAAAGGAUAUAUAAAAUUAUUUAUCAGAAUCAGUUUAUUUAAGGGGUAGCUCUGAUGUCUGAUUUGUGGUUCGUGAGCCAAGACUUGUAUAGACCAUCACCUGUGUCUCAGAUCCAAAUAAUGUGUUAGGGAAAAAUAAAGUAGAGUUUAGGUUUUUAAAAAUCAAAUGUAUGAAUUUAUUUCAAUACAAAUCUAAGUUUGAGUUUGUCAAAUUAAUGCCAUGACUUUAUGUUUGGCUUUUAUGGUUUCAGUAGCAUGGCAGUCUGCACCAAAUCAACUGGAUUUCAUAUUAAAUUUUGUAUUAAAAUUACAUAAUUACACACUGAGUGCUCUAAAUAUGGCUAUGUAUUGUUAUAUUUUUAUUUGUGAUGCAAACCUCAAAUUGUGAACUUUUUGUUUCUGAUGUCUGACCUCCAGAAAAGGAGUUUCUGUGAUAUGUGUUUCUUUUUAUCUCUUGCAUUUGAGUUUUAAAUUUUUUAUUUUAAACUUCAUUUUUGACAAAUGUGUUCAGUACAAUUAAUUUUUUCAUUUCUAGCUAUAGAUUUAACAUACUUAUAAAGAUCUUAUUUUACACAAUUUUUUUUUUUCUUAUAAUGAUCUGAUUCUUGUGAAAAAGGCUCCCUUUUUGUUUUGUUUUUUGUUUAAUGAAUAUUUUACAAUUAAAUUCUCCGUUGGUGUGUCUAAGGACCAAGUCCAGUGCACCGGUGGGGAUGAAAGAAAGCCCCAACAUGUCAUUGUCCACACACUGUCCCUCUAGGGGCUAUUUUAUGGUGGAUACCUGCAUGGCUGAUGUGCUACAAAGAAGGAUUAUGGGGGAGUUUUCCUUGUGUGCUUGGCCUCACUUCUAACCCGAGCAUCUUGGGAUACGAGCCAUGGGUAAUAGGGAUGUAAUAAUUUACAUCUGCUUGGAUCUUUCUAACACAGACUUUGUUCAGACAGGCAGAUGGAGGCAAACUUUUAUAGGUCUAGAGUUCCAGGAGUCGAAAAGGAGGGGGGAUAAAGGGUGGUAGUUGUUUUGUUUUUUUGUUGGGAGACUCUGGAGAUCCCUAAAGUACCAAACAAAGAGUCUGAUAAUAGUACUAAAACAUACUAUCACUUAUCCUGACAAUAUUAUUGUAUGCCCUGACAAGAAGACGUUGUUUUCAAUGCCGAAGAUUAAGGAUAAGUGAAUGAUCAACCAGUCGCGAACUUCAUAUUUUGCCACAUCUAAUGCAAACAAAACCAUUGUCAACUUGAUAUUAACAUUUAGUAUGGUAAUGGAAUAUAGAAUAAAAUAGCAGACUAACAUUUUUUCUGUUUCCAUCAAGCAGUUUAAUUAAUUCUCUUGCAUCAUACCCAUUAUAUAAGCAAUUCUUUUAAGAAAUAUCAUUUAAUUUAGAGGUAUGUUUAACUGUUGUUGAUUUUUUUUUCAGCUUGAAAUUAAGUAAUAUCUUAAUUUGUUUAAAUUUUUCCCCCCCAUAUUUCAAUAGAAAUACAUUAAAGAUACAUACACUUAAGUAAAUAACUUCAGAACUUCUCAAUUUUUAGUAUUCCUUAUUUAUAAACUUUUUAAAUUGUGAUUUUAAAAGAAAAAUGUUUACUUGGCUACAUUAAUCUUUUACGAAAUCAAUUGACCUGGGUUUCAUUAGUCUAGGCCAUUAUGAAUGGCAGCUGGACAUUCUUAUUUAGGAAGACUAACCAGCUUGAAAAGUAGCUACUGAAAGCUAUUUACCCACAGAAAUUUAGAUAUGUUAAUAUAUUCUGAGUUUUUAUCAACUUUUUAACAUCUCUUCCUGAAUCAUUGUCCUUGAGGUUUCUGGAUUGGUCUAAAAAAUGAUUCCUUUUAAAAAUCAGUGUAUAUUUUUUAAACCAUUUUAAUUUUUAUUUAUCUUGAUUUUGUCAGUCAUUCCAAAUGUUCAUGUACAUUUUUAGUUUAAUUUCCUAGUCAUUCCUAUGAUUAAGACAUUCUAAAUAAUUGUGCAAUAGCUAUGUUUGUAGUCUAUUUCAAUUUUAUGUAAUGUAAAUAAAACCCUUACUGUAACUAAA